AUGGUGCAGUAUGGGAGUCAUACAACAAGAACACUGAAUUAUAUGGAAAGUUAUCUCGAGGAUUUCCAUAAGUACAAGGAUAUCUUUUUAGAAUUCCAGGCAUAUAGGAGGACGGUUCAGGAUGCGAGAAAUCGAACAAAAGCCUUAAAUGCCCCAGGCUCCCAGAGUGCUGAACGAGGUUUAGAGGACAUUCGCGGGAUACAAGAAAGGUCUCACUUCAACUUCCUCAAAUUGCACAUGUUAUCGCACUAUCGGGAACAUGUUGAGCUCUUUGGGAGCAUUCUCCAGUACUCUACCAAUAUCAGUGAACUCGCCUAUGUACAUCAGAUAAAAGAGGCAUACAGAGCAUCCAACAAGGGGGCGUUAGAGAUUCGAAUGCUGAAUUUGAAAGAUAUUGUUGGAGGUUCUAAGAGCACUGACCACAUCCUUUGGCGCCAUCCAGCUAACCUGAAGGGGUUACUUGAGAUUUUUAAAAUCGAAGACCGGAAAAACACUCCAAAUGAACGAUCCAUAGUGGAAGUAGGUUUGCCUCCAAUGCAUCUUUGUAACCCCUCCAUGAAAUCGGAAAGACUUUUCAAUAUUGUGGAUGGACUGCAAAUAAGCCAUACCACAUCAUAUCUUCUGAUAAAGGAGUAUGCAGAGGUUGCGGGAUGCUCUCAAUACUUUGCCGGAAUCUCUGAGAGCAUUUUAGAGCGUCGGGUGGAAAUGUUCACAUGUUUGCAGGUUCCGAUACCAAUCUUCCAAAGACCUGAGGUGUGCGAGAUUCACAAUCUUAGGUGUACGGGAAAUGCAGCUUUUGGGAAAGGAAAAAUAAGAAAGGAUUGGGUAUGGAUGUCGGUAGCAUCUUCAGAGGAGUGGAGAGUAUUUCGGGGACGCUUACCAGGACGUAUGAAGGCUAUAUUCAAGCUGUGGGACAGUGGGUGGCGAACAAAUAGACUAUGUAUAAUGGAGCUACUCGAGGCAAAGGAUCGUGGUAUCACUGAUAGCUCACAUGGGCUCCUGAAGUUGAAUGCUUGCAAAGCCAUGAGGGCAUUCGUGAGUGCUCUGAAAAUGUUAGACCCAAUUGGACUCUCUUAUUCAAAAUUCGUGUCGUUCUGCUAUGCAUACGAAUUGGAAGAAGGAGGUAAAGUUUUGACCGAUCAGUAUCUCAGUGUGGCUAUCCAGCAAGCUCGCUACAGGAGGGCAAUGCCAGGAGGGCAAUGCCAGUCCUUGUUUGCUGCUUGUAAAUGGACAUUGAGCUUUUCAGACAAGCCGUACCAUGGCCUCGACCUCAAGGCAUUCGCGGGAGCAUUCGCGGGAGCAUUCGCGGGAGCAUUGGCGGGAGCAUUCACGGGAGCAUUCGUGGGAGCAUUCACUGUAGCAUUCGCGGGAGCAUUCGCGGGAGCAUUCUUGGUGCCAUGA